AUGUCUACCAACAAGAUCACCAAAGUCCCCUCCCGGCUCCCAGCGCCUGCUCUAUUCGUCGGUCCGCCUUCCCACAAUGCCUCUGCUACAUCUCUCCUCCCAGGCACAGGGGCUGAUAAAACCUCACGUGUUCCUCUGACCCGACAACGUUCUCUGCUGUCACCAGACGCCAAGCGACCACCCCCGCCAACUACGUCCGCAUCCACCUACGACGGCGACCCUCUCAAACUCACCUCCUCGAACCCCAAUGCACCCUUUGUCCGCCAUCAGAAAUUGCAGAAUGAAGCUGCAGACGCCGAAGCGUCAUCGCGCGCGGAAGCCAUAUGGGCAGAGAUGCAGAACACACUGGAGGAGGUGGAAUUGAGCGCCAUCAAGGGACCAGGCAUGACCGUGUUCGGCAGCGAGCACAGCCGUGCUUUAGAAGACCUUCGCAGAGCACAGAUUGACCUUGCGAAGGCAUGGGCACGCUCAGAAGCUGAAGAGCUAGACCAGUCUUCGGAGGAACGUAAAUCUGCUAGCGACGCUACAAACCACGUAACUGAUCUGCUUAAUAUUCCCGAACGCUCCAUGGAGAAACCGAGUCAGGGCUCUCCGAAGGCGGGUAGCAACCUUGGCGGCACGUUCGAGAAGAGCAAGCUAGAAGAAGAAACAGAAAAGGACAUUGAGCUUAGCCGGAAGAGGAGAGAGGCAAACGACCGGUACUUCGAGAAAGUGAACAGAGGAGUGUUGGAGGUCGUCAACAGACUGGAGGAAGUCGCAAAAGCGAUGAAGACGGUUGAGAGCGAGAGCAAAGAGAUCUGGAGCGACAGUCAGAGUGCAGAGACAGCGAGUGAGACAGCACCAAGCGUAUGA